UGAAUUGCCAACGAAAGGCGCGACCGUGAAGUAGCGAACAGUUGAUAACACUCUCCUGAGAAACCCUAGUCUUCCCGAGAAAGUGAGGGAAAAUGCCGCGAGAGAUCAUCACGUUGCAGGUGGGACAAUGCGGUAACCAGAUCGGAAUGGAGUUCUGGAAGCAGCUCUGCCUCGAGCACGGCAUCAGCAAGGAAGGCAUUCUCGAGGACUUUGCCACUCAGGGAGGUGACCGGAAGGAUGUGUUUUUCUACCAAGCUGAUGAUCAGCAGUACAUUCCACGAGCUUUGUUGAUUGAUCUGGAGCCCAGAGUGAUUAAUGGGAUUCAAAACAGUGAAUACAGGAAUUUAUACAAUCAUGAAAACAUCUUUGUUUCAGAACAUGGUGGCGGUGCAGGAAAUAAUUGGGCCAGUGGAUAUGAUCAGGGAAAGGGUGUUGAAGAGGCUAUAAUGGACAUGAUUGAUAGAGAAGCAGAUGGGAGUGAUAGUCUUGAAGGAUUUGUUCUGUGCCAUUCAAUUGCUGGAGGAACAGGCUCAGGUAUGGGUUCCUAUCUGUUGGAGACAUUGAAUGAUAGAUACAGCAAAAAACUGGUGCAGACAUACAGUGUCUUUCCUAACCAGAUGGAAACAAGUGAUGUCGUGGUCCAGCCGUAUAACUCACUUUUGACGCUUAAGCGACUGACGCUUAAUGCAGACUGUGUUGUGGUCCUUGACAACACUGCAUUGAACAGAAUUGCUGUUGAGCGCCUUCAUCUAACAAAUCCCACCUUUGCCCAAACAAAUUCUUUGGUUUCUACUGUAAUGUCUGCCAGUACAACUACUCUGAGGUAUCCAGGGUACAUGAACAAUGACUUGGUUGGUCUGCUUGCGUCUUUAAUUCCAACACCAAGAUGUCAUUUUCUAAUGACAGGAUAUACACCGCUCACAGUUGAGUGCCAGGCUAAUGUGAUUCGCAAAACCACUGUACUUGAUGUUAUGAGAAGACUUCUGCAGACGAAAAACAUCAUGGUUUCCUCGUAUGCUCGAACAAAAGAAGCUAGUCAAGCAAAAUACAUUUCAAUUUUAAACAUCAUCCAAGGAGAAAUGGAACCUACUCAGGUUCAUGAAAGCUUGCAGAGGAUACGUGAAAGAAAGCUUGUUAACUUUAUUGAAUGGGGCCCCGCAAGCAUUCAGGUUGCUUUGUCUAGAAAAUCUCCAUAUGUGCAGACUGCUCAUAGGGUCAGUGGUCUUAUGCUGGCAAGCCAUACUAGUAUUCGCCACCUCUUCAGUAAGUGUCUGAGCCAGUACUCUUUGUUACGGAAGAAGCAAGCCUUUCUUGACAACUAUCGGAAGUUUCCAAUGUUUGCUGACAAUGAUCUUUCGGAGUUUGACGAAUCAAGAGAAAUACUUGAGAGUUUGGUUGAUGAAUAUAAGGCCUGUGAGUCCCCAGAUUACAUCAAAUGGGGAAUGGAGGAUCGAGACCAAGUUCUUACAGGAGAGGGCAAUGCAUCAGGAACAGUCGACCUGAAAUUGGCAGCAUGAACAAAUCAGGAUUGAAAUAGACUGCUGCAGUUGAAGUGCGGGUGCCAGAAAGUACAUUUGGAGGGAGCAUUGUACAGUAUGGAUUACAUUUUGUGUCUGGAGUGAAUUGGUUUGUAAAACUAUAAUGUAUUAUUUUUGUGGGUGUUUCGUUUUUGCUUGGUCUGCCUGGAAAUGUUGGAAAUCUAGGUCACCAAUUUUGUAGCUGUAUUACUAGAUUACUCUCUUCCAUAAUUUCUACCGUUCUCAAGCCGAAACCACCGUCUGCUUGGAGUACAGUUCCAUUGACCAUUGUAUAGCCUUGUAAGAGGAGAAAAUCUGUCAUAUUACCGAUCUUGUAGAAUAACGAGUAUGUCACUCUUAUCAA